CCGAGCUCACACUCGUCUCUUUUCUUUCUCUGUGCAGGAUGAGGUUUUUGGUUGCUGCUGCUGCUUUUCUGGCUGUUGCCAGUGCUGCCAGUCUUGCCAGUCUUUCUCUGGAGGACAUGGAGUUUUACGCAUGGAAAAUGAAAUUUGGUAAGAUCUACCGUUCUGUGGAGGAAGAGUCUCAGCGUAAGCAGACCUGGUUGUCCAAUCGCAAAAUGGUUUUGCUCCACAACAUGAUGGCAGAUCAGGGCACUAAAUCCUACAGGCUUGGCAUGACAUACUUUGCUGACAUGAGUAAUGAGGAAUACAGACAGGUGGCGUUCCGUGGAUGUCUGGGCUCCAUGAAUAACACUAAGGCCCGUGGUGGUGCUACAUUCUUCCGGCUGAAGGAUGCGGUUGUGCUACCCAACUCCGUGGACUGGAGGGACAAGGGCUACGUGACUGGUGUUAAAAACCAGCAGCAGUGUGGAUCAUGCUGGGCCUUCAGUGCAACUGGUGCCCUGGAGGGUCAGACUUUCAAGAAGACAGGAAAACUGGUGUCCCUCAGUGAGCAGCAGCUGGUGGACUGCUCUGGUCUUUUUGGGAACAAGGGCUGUAAUGGAGGACUUAUGGACCUGGCCUUCCUGUACAUUGAAUUCACUGGAGGUCUGGAUACAGAGGAGUCCUACCCGUAUGAGGCCAUUGAUGGUCAGUGCCGUUUUAACCCAAACUCUGUGGGUGCCACCUGCACAGGAUAUGUUGAUAUUACCAGAGGGGAUGAAAGUGCACUACAGGAGGCUGUUGCCACAAUCGGCCCUGUGUCUGUUGCCAUCGAUGCUGGACACAGCAGCUUUCAGCUCUAUCACUCAGGGAUCUACGAUGAGCCUUUUUGCAGCAGCUCUGACUUAGAUCAUGGCGUCCUGGCUGUUGGAUAUGGAAGUUUGAGUGGAAAGGACUAUUGGAUCGUCAAGAACAGCUGGGGUGUGGGAUGGGGUGAGGAGGGCUACAUCCUGAUGUCCAGGAACAAGAGCAACCAAUGUGGCAUCGCUACUUUAGCCAGUUACCCUCUGGUCUAAUGGGAAAGGUCAAAAUGGACCUGGAGUGGAUGGGAGAAAGUGAAAUGUGCACAGUUUGAAUGAUUCUAAUACCUCAUAAUCAUACUUUCACUUCAAUUGCAAUUUGAAAAAAAUAAAAUAA